AUGUGUCUCACCCUUAAUUUAAAGCAUUUGGCCUGUGGCCACGAAGAAUCAUAUGUUCGUCCAUGCCGGCGUAAUAGCAUUCGUUGCAAUAUGAUGUCAGCCCACACCCGCACUCUAGAAGAAGAAGUGUGCCGCAAUUGUUGGAUUCUCCUUGACUUCAGACAAGCCCUGGUCAUCGACCAGAGUUACCAGACUUGGAAUCUCGUAGCUGAAGCACUAGACUUACAAACUCACCUCCAGAACUUACCCUUCUCCAGCCUUCCCAAUCAAUAUGCUCACUUUCACUCGACAAAUAUAGUGACAUUUGAUUUACUUAAUCAGAAUGCUAUGGGACUACUCUAUAAUCUUGUUCAUGAUGGUUUGGAUCCAGCUUUCCAGAUGCGUGUCACUGACGGUGAGGAUAUACCACUUGUUGAGAGAACAACAGCCCUAAACAUGCAUCAAAUUCUAUUAAUAAAUCAAGCUUUGUUAGAUGCUUCUGAAGCUUUGAGCGACUAUGAUUGGCGCAUCGCGAUGGGCCAUAGAGUGUUUAUAGACUUUGCCAAUUCCAGACAUUUCACUCGUCUUGUAGACCUGCAAGCACCCGUAGACGAUUGCAGUAUUUGCGUAGAUCCUCUCAAUCACCGUGAUGAAGGAGAAAUGAAUACUGCGAUAGUAAAGACAAUCUGCAAUCAUAUGUAUCAUGAGCGUUGUUUGGAGCAGUGGUUCGUAUCAUCUGCUCGUGGUGACUGCCCUUAUUGCAGAAUAUUGCUUCGAAUCACGGAACUCCCACAAAUCCCUAUCCGCCAAGAAGUAGAGGGACCUCUUCCAGAUUGGCUAGCGAUCUUAAUCGAGUGUUUACAGGAUGUUGGGGCAGCGCUAGAGACCGUGGAAGUCGAGCGGGUUGAUGAACUAGGCGUUCCUGGUGACUUUGACGCUCUUGGUGUAGUUAGGCAUCCUGUUUUCAUUUCGAAUCGACAGAUUCUUUUCAAUUAA